AUGCUGAGUAGGACAAAGCAAACUACAAAGCUAAUAGGGGACGAAAUCAGUCAUACUGGUAAGAGAAUCAGAUCUGCUUCUCUGCUAUUACCCAGCUUACCUAAGAUAUUCUAUCUAUUCUGGCUACUGGUGCUGGUAUUAAACAGCUUUUUAAUACUAUACGUGAUAUUUGUUACUAUCGACGUGGUCGAGACAGAGACAAAGGAGCUAGAGCAGUAUUUUACUCUAUAUAAAAUUAAGGCAGCCAGAGAACAGGAUACGGAGUAUACAGAGGAGGUUAAGAUUAAUAGUAUUAGUGAUGAUAAGGAGGAAGAGCCAGCUGUAGCUGAGGAGGAAGAGCUAGCUAUAACUAAGGAGAGGGAGGAGAUAGCUAGAUCAAGUAGUCACAAUCUUGAUAAGCUACAGCUAUUAUAG